ACUCGAUGUGACGUCACUCAUGAGCGCACUCACUGACUGCGCUGCUCAAACCGAGAGAUGAAGAGUCCUCCAGACAGGGCGGGCAUCAAGUUUGAGGUGGGCGCUCAACUGCAGGCCAGAGACCGCCAUACGAACUGGUACUCGGCCACCAUCGACAAAGUGGACUACGACAAAGAGCGCAUCCUCAUCCACUACCGCCGCUGGAGCCGCCGGCACGACGAAUGGUUCCACUGGAACUCGCCGUACCUGCGGCCACUGGAGCGAGUCGGCCUGAGGGGGAGGCGGGGCCUCAAUCCGACCAACGUUUCCACGCCGUUUGUUUCCGGCACCAAAGUUUUGGCCUGUUGGACCGACUGUCGUUUCUACCCAGCCAAAAUUCUGCGCGUCAACGAUGACGACUCGUACACUGUACGUUUCUAUGACGGCGUGGUUCGGACUGUGAAGCCCCCUAAAGUUAAAGCCUUACAGAAAAAAUCCAAAUGUGACAAGGCGCCUGUGGGAAGCGAGGGCUUGGAAGAAGGAGAGAGCGAGGAGGAAGAAGGAAGGGAGGAUGAAGAGGAGAACGAGGAGGAGAAGGCUGAAGACGAAAGGGGCCCCCAGCCGUCUUCGUCGUCGUCGUCGUCGUCGUCGUCGUCGUCAUCGUCAUCAUCAUCGUUGCCUCCACCAGCAGACAAGGAGAGUCUUCCACGCUCUCCGGGUGGAAACAGUGAGACACACGAGCAGCCAAUCACAAGCGAGCUUAGCCAGCCUGAUGUCCCAAAUCCUGCCCACAUCGACAAAGAUGUGCUGUUGGAGCGCCAAGCCCACCUGCCCACCACUCACAAAUUCAGCAGAGAACCCUUGUACAGGGUGAUCAAGAACCAGCCUCCCCCCAUCCUCUCCAUCGAGCUGGACCACAAUCCCUUCAAGUGUCCGUCGGCAGGCUGCAGCAAAUCCUUUCGGAAGGCCAGUCUGCUGCACUACCACAUCAAGUACUACCACGCGGAGCAGGAGCAGCAGCCGGACGAGCGAGGCAGCGUAGUUGCAGCGGAAACGCCCAGGAGAAAGCGCUCGACUUCCGAGGGCGGCCACUUCCUGUAUGACACAACAAGCGACACCUGUCACCAUGACGACAGAGAGCGCAGGACGACGGCAACAGCAGAGGUGAAGAGGGACAAGAGUCAUCAAGACAGGAAAGAGAGGAAAAACUUCAUGAGGGGCAAAUUGAAGAGGAAGAAGAAGAAGAAGAAGAAGAAAAAAAAGCUGAGUCAAUCAGACGUGUGCAGUAGCGACGACGGCGGCUUGGCCCCGUCUUCCAUCACCUUCAAAGUCGACGAGGAGCACCCCAGCACGCGCACACCGGACGACGGCAGCGACUGGUCGACGCUGACGGCCGAGAGCGGCGAGGACGCGCCCUCCUGGUCGCUCGCCACGGGGACGGAGGACUGCGAGGCGGUGAGGUGUGUGUGUGAGGUGGACGAGGAGAACGACUUCAUGAUUCAGGUGAGCUGCCCGGUUGGGUUUUUUGAAGCAGCUGAGCGCAAGCGACCGCGUUCUACUUUGGCUGUUUGCGUGCAGUGCGAGUCGUGCUUGUGUUGGCAGCACGGCACCUGCAUGGGCUUGUACGAGGACAACGUCCCACGGAACUACAUCUGCUACUACUGCAGACACUGUACAGGUUGGAGGCGGGCUCAGUAUUACCUGUCCGAGCCCGACUCGCUGACUUCCGGGCGCAUGUUCGGCCUGUCUUUCGUGAGGGACAACUACUCGGAGAGCAACACCUCCAAGAUCACGCAAACCAGCGGCCUCCUGGCACACACGCACAGCCUCAAUCAGGUCCUCAGCGGGCUGCAGCUGAAGAUUAGCCUCUUGCAUGCGCCGUCGCACCCCGACUUGCAGCUGUGGCGGUUGCCGUGGACGUCGGAGGAGGGGCGCAAGCCGAGAGAAGAGACCCCUGUCAGCUAUGUCAGCAGCGAGCACUGCUACCAGAAGCCCGUUGUGUUGUGGGAAAAGGCGAAGGACAAGCCGACGGCCGCUGCGAAACAAGACGCACGCGAUGAGACGGAUAAGGAAAUAAAGCGGGAAGACUCGCGAUAUGACGAAGGCGAUUGGCACGGCCGCGCCAAAAGAACUAAGCGCGGGUGCACAAACGGCGACAAAGGGCACGCGCGAGCUCACCCGCCGACCUCGUCGACCUCGGUGACGGCGUGCCAGCUGAACCUGCUGGAGCACGUGGAGCGCCUGCACCAACAGAUCAGCACCAGGAUGGACAUCAUCGAGAAGGACCUGGAUGUUUUGGAGUCAUGGUUGGACCAUUCCGGCGAGCUGGAGCCUCCCGAGCCGUUGUCCCGCCUGCCUCAGCUCAAACAGCAAAUCAGACGCCUGCUGCACGACCUGUCCAUCGUGAGGCGGCUGUCUGUGCGCCACUGGCACUCCAGCUAACAAACAGAUAGCACAUGGGACAAAUCAGGCACUCAAGCGCCUCCCUUCCCGCCCUCCACACCCCAAAAGUGCACUACGCAGAAACAGACGUAUUCCGCAUUCAGCAGCUAACUAACUUCGCCGUGUACACAUCAACGCACACUCUUGAGCAUGAUUCUUUUACCAGCGUUUUGACGUUUGCUUGUACAUUGUAAGUUUAUUUAAUUUGUUGAAAACCAAGAGGGUUCUUGUUUUGACAAGAAUCAUAUCAGGAAAUCUGUUAUUCUUGAACAGAUGGCAUGAUGCUUUUGUUUUUGUUUUAAAGAUGGAAAAAAAAGGUCAAAUGCUAAACAAGACUCAUGCGUGUAUGCAUAUGUCCAUGGACGCCAUUUGGACAGAAGUAUCGGGACACCCGGCCGCCGGCCGAGGGUGAGCCCGGAUUUUGGUAGCGUGACAACCGGUGGGCCGGCUCUUUGGUCGUCUCCUCUUCUGCCUCGCUCGGCGGUCGGCCGCUUGCUUCAACUAGCGGAAGCAGAGCAUUUUUGCGCCGCUUGGGCACGUCACCAAAUACAAACCGCCACGCACUCUGCCAACGGAGUAAUCAAGUAAGUUUGUUCAUAUGAAGCUAAACACUGUUAUCUCGAAGUGAGCGCCCAUAGACAUUCAAGUGCAUUAUUACUGAUCAAUGCAGCGUUUCAUUGCCAAGCCGCCAAAUGUCACUUUUCAAUUUAUGCGGCCACGUGGUGCUUGACAGAGCCAAGCGCAACACCCCCCACAUAAACAAUUUCGUGAAACAUUACCACUUCAUUAUCAUAAUCGAAUACUUCCUGUCAGCGAUGGCGAAUCUGUGCUAGCACUGCAGCUCUGCUUACCUUUGCUGUGACAUGAUACAACUUGAGCCGCCGCUUCCAAGUGGUUCUCUCGCUCUGGAACAUCGGUGGGACUAAAGUACAGAAGGGCUCGCUCACAGACGGCUGUAGAAAUAGUCAGGUAACUAAAGAUUCGAUUGGUUGUUAAAUUUCACACUUGAUAGGUGGGUAAGCAGACAACUAUUUGCAUACAACACGUUAACUCAUCUUUCACUUUCCUGCAGGCAACCUAAUACAUGUGGCCGUUUGAAGGAUGAGAUUUUGCUCACUGAUUGGUUGCGUCAUCCUGCACACACACAGCAAGCAAACUGUUUUCUAUUCUUCUACGAGAAACGGAACUGUAAGAAGUUGUAGAUUUAUUUUGAUGGUGUUAAACUCACAAAAAACA